CAUAUGGCCUCCGUAUUCUCAGACUUGACUCGCGAUGAGAUGAAGUCCAUACAACGUUUUCUCAUGGAUCAGCAGCAGCUGGAACUGGUUUCUAUCCGGAACACAUUCGGCAAAAAUACAAUUUUUAUGAUGGAGCUGAACUUGCCAAAAAAGAGUAAAGUUCUGAACUUCUUAGACAACGAUGGACCCAAACCCCAACGAGAGGCCAAAGUUGUCAUUUUGUUCGGGAACCAACCAAACCCCAAUGUCACAGAAUUCAUUGUGGGUCCACUUCCUCACCCCUAUUAUUUCCAACCCAUAACUCCCAAAGGAAAUAAGAUGAUCAAAUUUGAGUCACGGCCUGUGACCAAUGUGGAAUAUGAGAGGAUCCAAAAGAAGCUGGUGGAGGUCACAAAGGAAUUUAAUCACAUAUUGUUGGAGAUUACAGGUUUCUCCUUUUAUAACUGCUCCAAUCGUUGCCUCACCUUCACCGACAUUGCCCCUCGUGGCCUCAAGUCUGGAGAACGCAGGUCUUGGAUAAUCCUACAGAGGUUUGUUGAUGGCUUCUUCCUCCACCCUAUAGGCUUUGAGAUCCUCCUCAAUCAUCGUUCUCUCAACCCUAAGGAGUGGGCGGUGGAGAAGAUCUGGUACAAUGGACAAUACUUUGAUAGCGUCAAGGAACUCAUUCAGAAAUAUGAAAGAAAUGAGCUGAACAAAGUGCCCCUCACAGAUUUCACUGAGCAGGAUCCGUACUCCACAUUCAUGCCACGCGGAGAUUUCAAGACCAACACCAACAUUCAUGGACCCAAACUGUGUGAACCUCAGGGCAAACGUUACAAAGUUCUGGGUAACUAUGUAGAGUAUACGGGGUGGAGCUUUGCGUUCCGCGUGCGUGCGUCUGCCGGUUUACAGAUCUUCGACAUACAGUACAACAAUGAACGCAUAGCCUAUGAGGUCAGCAUACAGGAAGCCAUCGCAUUUUAUAGCGGGGUCAGUCCGGCAGCCAUGCAGACAAAAUACAUCGAUUCCGGCUGGGCCAUGGGAACCGUACACUAUGAGCUGGCCAAAGGUAUCGACUGCCCCGAAGUGGCCACUUACCUGGACCUGUACAACUUUUAUGACACGGAUGAGCCUGUGCGUUAUAAGAACGCCUUGUGUAUCUUUGAGAUGCCCACGGGGACUCCCUUACGCCGCCACUUCGACAGCACCCACGAUGGUGGCUACAAUUUCUAUGCCGGGGUAGAGAACCAUGUCCUGGUGGUGAGGACAACGUCCACUGUCUACAACUAUGACUAUAUCUGGGACUUUAUCUUCUACCACAAUGGGGUGAUCGAGGUCAAAGUCAGUGCCACCGGUUAUAUCCAUGCCACGUUCUUCACACCCGAUGGCCUCCACUAUGGAAGUAAGGUGUACAGCCACGUCCUGGGGAACCUGCACACACACCUUAUAAACUAUAAGGUUGACCUGGACAUUGCAGGUGCUGAAAACAGUUUUGAAACCAUAGAGCUGAAAUACGAGAACAUUUCCAACCCCUGGAGCCCGGGGGACUUCAUUGUCCAGUCCCGGAUGGACCGUCAUCUCAAAGUCAGCGAGAGAGGAGCCGCCUUCAAGUUUGGAUCCGCACUGCCUCGGUACCUGAUGUUCAUGAACCCCAACAAGAAGAACAAGUGGGACCAUUAUAGGAGCUACCGGAUCCAGUACAAUUCCCACGCCCACAGCGUGCUUCCUCGGGGAUGGGACGCAGAGAAAGGAAUCGCCUGGUCCAGGUACAGCCUGGCGGUGACGCGGCACAGGGAGUCGGAGCUGACCAGUAACAGUAUAUAUAUCCAGUGUGACCCCUGGGAUCCCGCCGUCAACUUCGAGAACUUCAUCCGCAACAACGAGGACAUUGUGAACAAGGACCUCGUGGCCUGGGUGACCGUCGGCUUCCUCCACAUCCCUCACUCUGAGGACAUCCCCAACACCUCCACCCCAGGGAACGCAGUGGGGUUCUUCCUCCGACCCUUCAACUUCUUCGAUGAGGAUCCAUCGGUGGCCUCCAGGUCCACGGUCAUUGUGAGGCCGACAGACAAGACCUUCAGUAGAGCGACCAUCAAACGUUGGACUCCGGAGGUUGUUGGUCAAUGUGUGUCUGACAAACCCUUCCGGUAUAACGGGACAUACUUCUACGACUGAGAGGUCACCUCUGAGGUCUGAGGACCAGAGAAGGGCGGAGCCUCCCAUAGUUGGACACUGAG